AUAACAAUAACCGAUAGAUCAAUACCAGGGGAAAAUCAAAAGCAAGGAGAAUUUUCAUAAGAGGCUGCUGAAAGAAAUCAACUGACCGUUAGCGAAGUAGAAGAAGAAGAGCAACGCGACCAUGUCCAACUUGAGAAAAUUCAAAGACGAGGAGCGCGAGUCGGAAUAUGGACGCGUCUAUGCGGUGUCUGGUCCAGUCGUCACUGCCGAGGCCAUGUCUGGAUCGGCUAUGUACGAGUUGGUGCGCGUGGGCUACUACGAGCUGGUGGGCGAAAUCAUUCGUCUGGAGGGUGACAUGGCCACCAUCCAGGUGUACGAGGAGACCUCCGGUGUAACUGUCGGAGAUCCUGUCCUCCGCACGGGUAAACCCCUCUCGGUGGAACUAGGUCCUGGCAUCAUGGGCAGCAUUUUUGACGGUAUCCAGCGUCCACUCAAGGAUAUCGGUGUAAUGACCAGUUCCAUCUAUAUACCCAAGGGCGUGAACACUCCGGCAUUGUCUCGUUCCGAGAUGUGGGAGUUUAAUCCCUUGAAUGUGCGCGUCGGUUCUCAUAUAACGGGAGGAGAUCUUUAUGGAGUUGUGCACGAAAACACGCUGGUCAAACAACGCAUGAUUGUAGCGCCACGGGCCAAGGGCACGGUCAGAUACAUUGCCCCCGCUGGUAAUUACAAUUUAGAGGACAUUGUUCUGGAAACGGAAUUUGACGGCGACAUCACCAAACACACCAUGCUGCAGGUGUGGCCCGUAAGACAACCACGUCCCGUCACGGAGAAGCUGCCGGCCAACCAUCCUCUUUUCACGGGCCAACGUGUCCUCGACUCGCUCUUCCCAUGUGUACAGGGCGGCACCACCGCCAUCCCCGGAGCUUUUGGCUGCGGCAAGACUGUUAUCUCCCAGGCUCUCUCCAAGUACUCCAACUCUGAUGUGAUCAUCUACGUUGGUUGCGGUGAGCGUGGUAAUGAAAUGUCCGAGGUGCUUCGCGAUUUCCCCGAGCUGACCUGCGAAAUCGAUGGUGUCACCGAAUCCAUCAUGAAGCGUACCGCCCUGGUGGCCAACACCUCCAACAUGCCCGUGGCUGCUCGUGAAGCCUCCAUCUACACCGGUAUCACUCUUUCCGAGUACUUCCGUGAUAUGGGAUACAAUGUGGCUAUGAUGGCUGAUUCCACCUCUCGAUGGGCCGAGGCUCUUCGUGAAAUCUCGGGUCGUCUGGCUGAGAUGCCGGCAGAUUCCGGCUACCCAGCCUACUUGGGUGCUCGUUUAGCCACUUUCUACGAGCGUGCUGGUCGCGUCAAGUGUUUGGGUAACCCCGAGCGCGAGGGAUCUGUGUCCAUUGUCGGCGCUGUGUCACCUCCUGGUGGUGAUUUCUCCGAUCCCGUCACCUCUGCCACCCUGGGUAUCGUCCAGGUGUUCUGGGGUCUCGACAAGAAGCUGGCCCAGCGCAAGCACUUCCCCUCGAUCAACUGGCUGAUUUCCUACUCAAAGUAUAUGCGGGCUUUGGAUGAGUACUAUGACAAGAACUUCCCAGAGUUUGUGCCACUGCGUACCAAGGUGAAGGAGAUCCUGCAGGAGGAGGAGGAUCUGUCCGAGAUUGUCCAGCUGGUGGGCAAGGCCUCGCUGGCCGAGACCGAUAAGGUCACCCUUGAGGUGGCCAAGUUAUUGAAGGAUGACUUCCUGCAACAGAACUCUUACUCGCCAUACGAUCGUGUCUGCCCAUUCUACAAGACCGUGGGCAUGCUGAGGAACAUUCUGGCCUUUUACGAGACCGCUAGACAUGCCGUAGAGUCCACAGCCCAAUCGGAUAAUAAGAUUACUUGGAACACUAUUAGGGAGUCGAUGGGAGGUAUUAUGUAUCAACUGUCUUCGAUGAAGUUUAAGGACCCGGUGAAGGACGGCGAGCAAAAGAUUAAGGCGGACUACGACCAGCUGUACGAGGAUCUCCAACAGGCCUUCCGAAAUCUUGAGGAUUAAGCGGAGCCGGAGCCAACCGAAAAUUGCGGGAUACCCAUGCAUAAGGAGGAAAGCAGACGAAUCAAGAAACCAAAAUUAGGUUACUUUUCGAAUUCCUCAAUUCAAUCUAGUCAUAUUUACAUAAUGCAUAAUAAGAUAUUUGAAUCCAAGUUAAUUUAUAAGUUAAACAGUUUGGCCCGAUUCAGGUCUAGUCAGAGGGAAACCCGAAAACGAGAACUAUAACGACGAGUUACAAGAUACGAACAAUAAUUAGUCGGUAGCGCAAGUGAAAUACAGACACACGGACUUUAUUUGUCCAGUUUAAACCAGCCAUAUAUUUACAUAAUACAACAUGCGUACGCAUAAACAUCUAUGUUGAUAUAUAAUUAUAAUUCAAACUAUUUAUUGUUAGUAAAUUUUCAUAAAGUUAUCGAUUGUGUUCGUUCCCCAAUUCGUGUGAAACUUAACCCAAACUUAAACGAAUCUAAAGAGAGUUGAAAACUUUACGAAACUACAAUAUUAUAUAUUUCUACAUAUUAUAGACCUUUAAAGAACGCAAUAACAACGUAGCCCAAAUUCGAUGCAUGUACCUCUACUACCAAAGAAUAGUUAUGUCAGUAAUUUGUGUGUGUUGCAAAUGGAGCUAUGCAAAUAAAAAUGUAUUAUGAAUGUUACAAAAACAA